GCGGUAGGGUAGGAUGAAGCAGAGAGUACAAACCGCAUAUAUAAUCCAGCAUAACGCGCGUUUACCUCGUCCAAAGUUGGUGGUAGUGAUUCCUCGUCGUCGUCCUCGUCGUCAUAGUCAUCGUCGUUGUCCUCCUCCUCCUCCUCCUCUUCCUCGUCCUCUUCCUCCUUAUCCUCCUCCUCUUCCUCAUCAUCGUCAUCAUCAUCAUCAUCAUCCGUUUUUUUUUUAAUGUCGUGUUUUAAAUGAAAAAGAAAAUGAAGAAAAGAAGAUGAACGCGAAAAUGUUCGAUGGCAACGACAAUAAUAUAAAUAAUAACAAUAACAACAACAAGGAUAAGAACGACAAUAAUGGAGAAUUCAUUUUGAAAUUUGUAAAAAGGCUUUUGGGGAUGAUAAGUUUAUAAGAAGAAGAAGAAGAAGAAGAAGAAGAAGAAGACGAGGAAGAAGGGAAGAAGAGCAACAAAGAAAUAUAUAGGAGGGGUGGAAGAAGAAAAAAAAAAGAGAAGAAUAUCCGAGGGAAAAGAAAAAAGAGAAAAGGGAGGAAGAAGAAGAAGAAGAAGAAGAAGAAGAAAAAGUAGAGGAAGGAGACUUUUGUUCGAUAAAGUUUAAAGAUCGAACGGCGAUGAACAACGGUUCACCGCAAAAUUCCGAUACGGCUGCCCAGCAACAUCGUAGCGGCGUUGACAACAGCGACGAAGAGGAAUGGAGUGGUGUAGUAGAAUGUUGACAUGCGAAACGUGAUUCUUAUCUCGUCGUUCAGGGCUGUACUGGAACGAUCCAAGUCGGAUCGUGUAUCAAGAGUGGACGAGGAUAGAAGACGUCGUACCAUUAUCGUGGAAAAGAAAAAUGGCACGUAUGGUUUCACGUUACAGAGUUACGGGAUACAUUAUAAAAGAGAACAAGAAAUAGAAAUGAUCACUUAUGUCGAUUAUAUAGAAUACGAUGGACCUGCAUUUAAAGCAGGCAUGAGAGAAGGUGACGUUAUACUUUCUAUAAAUGGCCAUGAAAUGGAUCGAGCCGAUCAUACUACCCUUGUGAACUUUAUAAAAAACUGUGAUACCAGAAUGAGAAUGGUCGUAUCAUUUGAGGAUUGUGUGAGAAAGGUACAAUUACAUAUGCGUUAUCUGGAAUUACAACGUGCUCUACAAUUACGCUUAGGUGAGCUUGAAAGAUUAUGCGAGAGAGAACGUUCAAUAUUGAUGGGUCGAUGGAAGACACAUUCGCUUCCAGCACGUAAAAGAACACCCAGUAAUAUUAUAACAAGUAAUCCUAAUCAGCCAUCUCCAUCGUCGAGUUUUAAUUCGUCAACCAUUCAAUGUUGUCGACCUGCAACAUCUACGGAACAUCUUUUGCUUUACAAUUUGUUUGGUGAUGGUCGACCAUGUUUGAUACCACGUGCAGCUUGUUUGGUAACAGUAGGACCACCACGUUCUCGAAGCGAUCAUCAUCAGUUUCUUUCAAAGAUGCCCAGCGAAUCUGGUGCAUCCACUUCUUCACGUCAUAGUUAUCAUCAGGCAAAUGGUAUGAGCGGUACACCAGCGAAAAUGAAGUCACACAAAUCUUGUCAGCAACAACAGAAUUCGUCGAUAAGCGGUGACAUAUCGGUUCAUCAUUCUCAACAGAAUAGUUUAUGCGUCGCUUGUAUCUCAAGUGCUAAUCGUCGUCGAGAACAAUCGGAUACUGGUAGUUUAGACGCAUAUGAUUUGGCCAGUCCUUGCUGCGAUCCAAACUGUGUUCCAAGCCGUAGAAGACGUGAGAAACAACGUCGAGCUAGAAACGAACAAAAUCAUCUUCAGCAACAGCAGCAGCAGCAGCAACAACAACAACAACAACAACAACAACAACAACAACAGCAGCAGCAGCAGCAGCAACAACAGCAACAACAUGUGGCACAGGCUCAACGAGAACAACAACAGCAACAACAAGGACAACAACAACAGCAGCAGCAGCAACAACAACAACAACAACAACAACAACAGCAACAACAACAACAACAUGGUACGCACAAUUGUUCCAGAUCUUCCGGUCAUAGUCUUCACUCCAUUACCAGUAGUGAUGUAUCAACUACUGCUGAUAGCGUAGCUUCUUGUUCCACUAGUCUAAGUACAGAUACACUUUACUGGGAUCCAACUGUUCACCAAAGACCGCCACCGUGCCUUCAAUAUGCCAAACCCAAAUCAUGGGAUAAUUUAACUACAAAAGCUUUCGGUGGAUACGGAUUUGGAUACGGUUAUUUGGAUACAGCUACAAUAAAGACACACAGCGCUGAACGACCUGGAAAAGGAGGUCAUGGUCGUGCUAAAACACCCACUGGUACUGUACAAAGAAGAACAAGUAGCAGUACAUCUUAUUCCACUGGCAGUACUCGACAUUUUCAACCUACCAAAUCUACUGAAAGUCUUCUAAUACCGCCACCUUAUCAAAAUGAAUUAGACGGUAGUAUAAGCUGUGAAUGUUUAGACGAACCCAGUCCAAGAUUUUUACCUGUCGUUCAAUUGGAAAAACAUAAGGAAUCCAAUUACGUUGCUAGUAAUCAUCCUCAAAUUAGACAUCGACGUUCUAGUCAUUCCGAAGGAAAACUCAGAGCUAUUAACAGCUCGGAGGUAACUCGAUUGUAAAUUUAUUAUUUAGAUUUAUAAUUUAGAUUUCUGUAUAAGCUGGGAUUAUUAUAUAAAAUGAACCGUUGUACCAUUUCCGUGGGGUGGUGGUCUUUUUUUUUUUUUUUUUUUUUUUUAUUCUUGCCAAUCAAUCUUUUUUUAUUAAAGCUUUUAUUUCUAUUUAACGAGAGAAUAUCUUUGAACAUUUUAUUAAGUAAAUUCAUUUUCUUUUUUCUAGAACUGAUUAUAUCUCGAAGAAUUUAAUAAAAUUCGUAUUAAUGUAAUCUAUGUCUGUCAUGUACAUUUCAAUGAAAAAUAUUUCUCCUCGAAUAAUUAAUUGAUAACAAUGCUUUCUCGUUUGUAUUAUAGUUGCAUGUACAUUUUUUAAAAAGACGAGAUCGUAAUAUUAUUUUACAAUGAAAAAAAAAAAGAAAAAAAAAAAGAAAAAAAAAAGAAAAAAAGAAAAAAAAAAGAAAUACAAAACUGCACUUGGAAUUGUCUUUUUGAUCAACGUAGAAGGUAAUAAAAGUUUGAUAAAUUUUUUAAGGACGCACCGAUUAAUAGCAAACGAUUUAAUAUAUUGGCUAACCACUUCCAUGGACAAAACGAAUAAACGUUAUAAAUAAAAAAAAAAAAAAAAAAAAAAAAAAAAAAAAAAGAAGAAAAAGG